GACACGCAUUGCAAGCUGUGCGCCAGCGACGAGGACGCCCAGAAGCUGCUGUGCUGCGACGGUCUGCCGCUGUUCGGCUGUACGGCGGUGUACCACAUGUACUGCCUGGACCCGCCGCUGUCCCGCCUGCCGCCCGGGGACUGGUUCUGCCCCGAGUGCGCGCACCGGUUCAAGUACCAGGACAUUGAGAGGGUGCUGGACUACAGGGACGUGCCUGCAGACGAGGGCGGCAGCGGCAGGGAGGGGGAGGACGCAGGCCCCCCACCCCGCCGCGAGUACUACGUGAAGUGGAAGGGCGAGAGCUACCUGCACUGCAGCUGGGAGCCGGAGGAGGAGAUGGGCAAGAUGCACAAGAUGUUCCCCGCCAUCAAGGCCAAGAUACAGCGCUUCUGGAAGCUGCGGGAGGGGCGGCAGGCGGAGGAGCGGGAGGCGGAGGAGGCGGGCGAAUACAUCCACGGAGUGCACAGCAGCUGGCUGGAGGUGGAGCG